UUAUUCGUUAAACCCCCUUCCGCUUCUCGCGAAUGGGAGUUAGAGACGAAAAACUCCAAAAGCGGGAGAGAGAAGAACUGUUAACAGCAUUGAUUUUGAGGUCCGAUCAAAUCAAAUCUGGCCGUUGAUAUCUCUUUCAUCCAAUCCCCGCCCUCGGUCUUCGAUUCAGUCUUGUCUCAACGGCGGUGGAUCUCCGGUAAGCUCCGCCGUCCGGUUGCCCUGCAUCGCGGUCUCCGACCGCGAUUAGCUUCGAUUUCGCUUCCAUUUGAAUCUCAGGUUUGUGUCCUAUUGUUACGGUAGAGUUUGGGAUCAAUUUCGAUUAUUUGUAUUAUUCUUAUGGCAUUGUUUUUUUUUAUUUAUGUUUUGUGCUUUCUUCGUUAAGUUUUAUGUAUUAGACAAGUUAAAAAAUUCCCAGCACUUUUUAAAUUACUGAUUCGGAGGAGAAAUUUUGAAGAAAAAAAAAAGUGAAGAGCUUUGAGUAGGAGAUUUGAAUGGACAAGAAAUUUAAAGUUGAUUCUUGGCGUUGUAAUUUGGGUUUCAAGUUGAUGAUCAGACUGCUUUUUGUCAUAAGAAUUUUCAGAGAAAAAGAUUCCCUUUUUUUCACACAUAUAUACCUGUCUGUGUGUGUGUGUGUGUAUGCAUGCAUGCAUGAUUGUAAAUAUGGAUGUAUGUACCGGGUCACCAAAUGAGUGAAUCGUUUUCAGAUAAGGACGUCUAUUUGUUUCCUUUCAAACUCUUCAAGUAUUAGGGAUUGGAAGAAACAGAUGUAAAAAGAAGAUUUAUCUUAUACUUUUAUUUCUUUGUAAAUCACUAUUCUUUAAAAGAUUAUCUAAUGAAUGUGUUAUUCUGGAAUAGCUAGCCUGCCAGUGUCAUUAUCAGGUGGCCUCUGCAAUGUAGCAAAUUGGCAAAGUGGGUGACUUCUUCGUUAUAGCUUUUCCAGUGUGAAAAUCAGUUGUCUUCUACUAGUUUGAUUAUGAUUGUUUACAUUACAAACAUUUUCCUUCAAUUAGUGCCGGCAUUUGAGUUUGGCGUCUGCGUGAGAGAGAAGCUCUCUGCUGCCGCUGCCUCUGCUGCCGGCGUUGGAACUUGCCACUUCUCUGCUUCCUUUCAUGUCUCCUGAAUUGGGUAAACCUGUACAUAACCAGAUGGCAGUUGCAACCUUCAAAGGACCUCUUAAUGGUGAGUACCAUGGGAAAAAGACAUUGGAAAGAAAAAAUUCUGGCAAGAGACGUGUGUUUGUGCAGACGGAAAGUGGUUCUGUUUUGGGCAUAGAGCUAGAUAGGGGUGACAAUGUCCACACAGUGAAGAGGAAAUUACGGCUUGCACUUGAUGUCCCAACUGAUGAGAGUUCAUUGGUAUGUGGUGACAUGGUGUUGAAGAAUGAUCUCAGCAUUGUUCGAAAUGAUUCUCCGCUUCUUCUCACCCGGAACUUCUUGCACAGAAGCUUGUCUACCCCCUGUCUCUCGCCAACUGGGAAGGAUCUUCAGCAGAGGGAUCAGAGUGGUCCAAUUGAGGUACUGGGGUACUCGGAUCAAUUUUCCAGAACAAAACAAUUAGUUGUGGAUAUUGUGAAGGCAAUAAGAAAUGGCAUUGAUCCAGUUCCUGUUCACGGUGGGCUUGGAGGUGCAUAUUACUUUAGAAAUUGCAGUGGUGAAAAUAUUGCCAUUGUGAAACCGACGGAUGAGGAACCUUAUGCUCCAAACAACCCAAAAGGUUUUGUUGGGAAAGUACUUGGACAGCCAGGUCUCAAACGUUCAGUACGGGUUGGGGAGACAGGUUUCAGAGAAGUUGCAGCUUUCCUUCUUGAUUACAAUAAUUUUGCUAAUGUGCCUGACACUGCUCUUGUGAAGAUCACACAUUCAGUUUUUAAUGUGAAUGAUGGAGUGAAGGGUAAUGUGCAUCGAAACGGAAAGCAAGCAAGUAAGAUUGCAUCACUGCAGCAAUUCAUUCCUCAUGAUUUUGAUGCCAGUGAUCAUGGGACUUCCAGCUUCCCAGUUGCUGCUGUGCAUAGAAUAGGGAUUCUAGAUAUUCGGAUUCUUAACACAGACAGGCAUGCAGGGAACCUUCUGGUUAGGAAGCUUGAUGGUGGUGGGAGGUUUGGUCGGAUAGAGCUUGUACCCAUUGAUCAUGGCCUUUGUCUACCUGAAAGCUUAGAGGAUCCAUACUUUGAGUGGAUACACUGGCCGCAGGCAUCAAUUCCUUUCUCAGAUGAUGAGCUUGCAUAUAUAAAUAAACUUGACCCUUUUAAGGACUCUGAUAUGCUCAGAAUGGAGCUGCCCAUGAUUCGAGAGGCAUGCCUCCGAGUCUUGGUUCUGUGCACGAUUUUUCUCAAGGAAGCUGCAGCCUUUGGCCUCUGUCUUUCUGAGAUUGGUGAGAUGAUGAGUAGGGAAUAUCGGGGCCAUGAGGAGGAGCCGAGUGAACUCGAGAUAAUAUGCAUUGAAGCAAAGACACUGUUGGAUGAGGAAAUAUCUUAUUUUGAGCCAAAAGCAGGCAGGGAGGAGUUCCAGUUUGAGCUAGACUGUGGGAAGGAGGAGGAGCUGGAUUUGGCUCCAACUACUGAAGAGAAAAUGAAAACUGAAAGGACUUUCCGUUUUGGAUCAAAAGGUGGAAAUGGAAGAUAUUUACUAUCCAAACUAGAGGAGAGUGUGGAGGAGGGUAUGGAAGGGCACGAGGGAAAUGAGUUACCUCCAAGGUCAGAUGACUGUGUUAGUGUAGUGCAGGAUCGGAUUCCAAACGUUUCAAAGCUGUCAACAUCAUUGAAAAACAUCAGCUUUGGUGAGAAGAGUUGGCGACACCUAGGCUCAAUGCAGAAGAACGGCUAUUUGGCUGGCACAUCCUCAGGAAAUAGGAGCGUGAAUGAGCAGCGGCCUAUGAGCAGUAAUUUUGUGAUUUUGGCAGAUAUGAAUGAAGAGGAAUGGAUGCGGUUUCUUGAGAAUUUCCAGAGAUUGCUGCGCCCUGCUUUUGCAAAUCGCAAUGCAGGGAAUGUGGGUCAGAGGCAGAGACAGAGGUUGGGGACUUCAUGCCAGUUUUGAGGGAAUAUUGUUAGAUAAAUAAAUUGGAGUUAUUAGAGUACUUGUUGUAGGGUUUGACACCGGGGUCGGGGUGUUAUUUGUUUUUUUUUUUUUCCCUCCUUUCACAAGUUUAUUUAUGGGACUGCUGGCAUCCUGAGUCUUACCCUUGGGAGUCGGCCAAUGGAGGCGAGAACCGUAUGUUUCAAUUCCUUUGUCUUUUUUGUCUUCCACAUUGUGUCGACUGUGUUGAGAGUGAAUAAAUCUGCCAUGCCAAAUGGCAGAAGGAACAGCGUUGUGUAUAUAUAAACUAUCUUAUGAGGUUAAAGAUGCAAUGCAUGUUUUGACCCCUUGUUA